ACUUCGCAUCGCUUUUUAAGUAUAUGAGGCUCCCGCUGUGCCUUGGCCGGAACAUAUCGUCGGAUGAGGAGGGCUUGUCGCAGUUACAAACGCAGCAAAGCCUUCGGGUUACCACCUCGCUCCUGGCUACUUGGCACCACAAGCAACGCGGGCCUACAGAGGGGACGAGACCCUCACUGCCCGUCCUGUCCUCCCCCAGGCUCCCGGGGCCUGGCUGAUGCACCACCACCAGGGAGCCCACGCUCAGAGGGUCUCCCGCCUGUGCUUCCAUGGGUCCCUUUCAGAUUAUGUCGCCCAGUGGUGCCUUGCGUGCUAGGACUAUGUUUCCCAGUCCUCAAGGCCGCCUUUCCCACAGAGACAUGCAAUCCCCGUUCAAGCGCGACUCGAGAUGGUCACAGCCCCGUCCUUGAAGUGCCGCAUCCAUCGUUUUGGGGGCCCGGACUCUGAUCCGCUUGCACUGUCAGGCACCGGCGCGCCGCAAUGUGCCGAUUGUUCAGCUGCUGAGCGGGCGGGACGAACCCGAGAUGGUGGGCCGGUCCGAGCGACAGGCAUCGGUAUGGAUUCACCAGGAUCUCGGAGCUGGCACGGCGCGCUGCCCCGACACGGCCACCAGGCAAGCGGCGCCCGCCCGUGGCGGCGAGAUACGCUUCCCGUCAACCGUCGUGGGAAGUCCCGAGCUGAUGGCUCCGCCCUGGGAGGCAUCUCGUACAGGCACCUCAGCUCGGUUCAUGUACCCGCAAACGCACGACAACUCCAUCCUCCGCGAGAACCCUCUCAUCCCUUGUAUGAUGAGGCACAGCUCAUCUUUGAUGGCAUCCACUACUAUAAUGAGAUGGUCAGCAGCACCCUCUUGUCCAUCGGGGCACAUUUCAAUCCAUAUCGGGUCGAUCUGGCUCGCAUAGACAGUAUACCUCGCAUCUACAUCAACAUGCUAGUCACAGCGGCCACCUUACACCGCGCCAUGCAGGAUGAGGCCAACGACCAACACGAGACACAGAGGUCAGCUAUAACACGCAGCAGGGAGCAAGACAUCUUCCUCUUCCGCAUCAGGGCACUCCGGGAGGUGAAUCAAAGGCUCAGCAUGCGGGAAACCCAGACGACUGACUCGACACUCAUGUGUGUCUUGUGCCUCUUGUUAUGCGCCAUACAACAAUCUGCUCUCGGCGACUGGAGGGCACACCUCGAGGGUGCUCGGACCAUCAUCAAAAUGCGUGGAGGUCUCAAGCAGAUCGCCGCCGAGAACCACUACUUCAGGCCUCUCCUUGUAAUCUACGUGGUCAUUGACGUUUCUUCGGCAACGACGACAUCGACCAGGCAUCCGAAAAUGUCUGAAGCGGCAUCCAUGGCCCUGCACUAUUGGGAAGCAGCACCAAACAUGUUUCAGGCGAACCUGGCGAUCAGCGCUCCCUGCCCCGAAGAGCUGUUCCAGUCCAUCAUACUCAUCAAUUACCUGCGCACCACGGUCUGUCGUCCAUCGAUGAGGUCAAGACGCCAAGGAGGCACUCGCAUGGUGUUGGAAAAGGUGCGGUCGUUCAACAUCCCGAAGUGGGCGGCGAGAAUGAAGAAGUUCAAAGGGUGGAGGCGAAGUGGAGAUUCGGUCGACUUUGAAGAUGAGAGCACUCCGCCGAGGACGCUGUCUUCUUCGUCGGACUCGUCCUCGGCUCAGAAUAGCCCUGGAGAAGACCACGCCAUGUCAACCUCCCAGACAGGCUCGCCGGAUACGACCUCGACGUCGCCACGGCAGCCAGCACCGGAUAUCUGGCUGGAUGUCGCAGUCAUGUGGCACUCUGCCGUACUGCUCUACGCAACGAGGACAUUACUGCUGGAUGUCGACGAGCCCAAGGACUUUCUCAUUGACAAUGGCGCUUACACGAGCCCCUGGACGUCUACGACGGCAGCUCAACUGUUGCAGGAGAUACUUGAUCUGCGGCGGGCCACGCACGAGGUGCUUCUCGAGACGCUGACUCCAGCAUUCAGCGACCCAGAGACUGCCCGUGAGGUCGGCAAGCUGGUUUUCUUUCCAGCAUUCACGUGCGGCAUGGAGAUCAGCGGGCAUGUCGCUGAAUCCGAGGCCGAGGCUACGCUGGCACGGCAGGAGCUGGUGUCGAAUGGACUGGAGCUUAUCGGGCAGGCGUGCGGGACGAUGGCGCCGAUAUCUGCUGCGGAGGAGGUCCGGAUCAAGUGGGCACUUGAGGCUCAGGAGCAGCGAACAAUACGGUGGGACGACUAUUUCACAGCACGGCCAGACUUCACUUUUGGAUUUUAGGCUUCUAGGCCACUCGGGGGGUUAUGUAUGCCGGCGAUACCUCGAUUGGAGGCAGGGGACGUGCAAACAAGGGAGAUGGAAUGGCACAGGGACGGGCACGGGCACGGGCACGUCCACGAGCUCAAGGUCACGAGGGCAAGUCACAACUCUCAGGCGCAGCUUGGGAUGUCCUGGACGGAAGCAGCUCGAAAACGAUGCUCAUUCUGAUAGUAUGCUGCCUUUGGCUGCCAAUGUAGACACAAGCUCGUACGUCCAUGACACGAUGCUCUUGGCCGAGAGGAGACAGGCGC